AUGCAAAAACAAGAGAACGUUGGCGAUUCAAAAGUAAUAGUUGUGGAUGUUGAUGGCAUGCCUGUUUCACAAAAUGAUGAUGCACAAUUUAUGAUGAUGCCGGAUGCAAUACUGCCUGAUGAUGUGUCAUUGAAAAAGAAAUCAAAAAUAGUGGCCACAGACGACUUACGUGGUCAUUCUGUAACCCCAACGAAUAAGGGAAAGGUAGAAGAUACUCCAAAAACGGCAAAUCUAGACACAACCAAUCGUAGCAUAGCUAGUGAGAGCACAGUAAAACCAGAGAGUAUAACCUGUCAAAGCACAAAAACGCAGAGGGACUACGUGAACGCAGAAUCGGCGAAAGGUCCACCGACUCAGGAUUCCAAAAAUAAAACAUGUGGCAGAUCAAGUGGUUCACAAGGAAAGACUUCAGAAAAUGUCAAAAACAAACAAAGUUCAAAGGACGAAAAGAAGGGUGGAGAGAUGGAAGCAGAAAAGACUAAAUCGGAUUCAAUAAAAACUGCGCUGGACAUUUCUACCAUCCCUCGAGAGGAAGCUCGGAAAUAUUCAUUUCUUCAUAAAGAUGGGGUUUCUGUGUACGACGAUGGGGAACUAUCUAAUAUCGACCUCUACGCAACUACACAAACCCAACUAAAGGGCGCGAACAGCGCUCCAGAUAUGAAAAAGUUGGAAGCCUAUUUUGCAGUACCACCUCAACCUCUCCUCAAUACUGCACAAUCAGCCGAAGAAAUGACGGAGAAAUCAGGGAAAGUAGAAGUACGAAAGCGUACAACCAAAACACCUAACGUGGCAGUUGCGUUUAGACAAAGAAUGUCGAAAAAAAUCAAGGAACGUAGGGCGCGAAGCAAAAAAAGGGAUACGUCAGCGGAGGAUAAGACUUCGACUAAUAUGAAGAAGAAAAAUCGUAAAGAAACUACGGGAGUAGCAACAAAUUUCCUACAAAAACUACUUCGCAGGAAAGAUUCUAUGAAUGUCAUGUCAGUGAAUGAGAAGAAGGAUAAAUCAAUAAAGUCAACUCGACAAACGUGA